AUGCUGAACAUGACGCUCUGCUCUCUGGCCUGGCUCCUCGUCUUAACCCUAACCUUCACCGGUCAGCCUGCGUGGCUGGAGAAGCCCCCAAAGCGCAAGCCACCUGCCCAGCUCAAGGCUGCUGCCUGCUGUGAGGAAGCCAGAGAACUUAAGGUCCAGAUUGCCAAUCUGACCAGCCUGCUGGGGGUGCUGAGCAAAAAGCAGGAGAGCGACUGGGUCAACGUGGUCAUGCAGGUAAUGGAGCUGGAGAGCCACACCAAGCAGAUGGCCACGCGCCUCACUGAAGCCGAGAGCAAGUUCUCCCAGCUGAAUAACCAGAUCGACAUGAUGCAGCUACAGGCAGCCCAGACGGUCACCCAGACUUCAGCAGAUGCUGUCUAUGAUUGCUCCUCACUCUACCAGAAGAAUUACCGCAUCUCCGGUGUGUAUAAGCUUCCUGCUGACGAGUUCCUGGGAAGCCCUGAGCUCGAGGUAUUCUGUGAUAUGACAACCGCAGGUGGUGGCUGGACCAUUAUCCAGAGACGGAAAAGCGGUCUCGUCUCUUUCCACCGUGACUGGAAACAAUACAAACUGGGCUUUGGCAACAUCCGUGGGGAUUUCUGGCUAGGAAAUGAAAACAUCUAUCGGCUGUCCAGACGCCCAACCACUCUGCGGAUUGAGAUGGAGGACUGGGAGGGUGACAUACGCUUUGCUGAGUACAGUCACUUCACCUUAAGCAACGAGCUGAACAGUUAUCGAAUCUUUGUGGGAAACUACAGUGGCAAUGCAGGGCGGGAUGCCCUCCUUUAUCACAACAACACAGCCUUCAGCACCAAGGACAAGGACAAUGACAAGUGCUUGGACAACUGUGUCCAACUCAGAAAAGGUGGAUACUGGUAUAAUUGCUGCACAGACUCCAACCUUAAUGGGAUUUAUUAUCGCCAUGGUGAGCACAACAAGCACACAGAUGGCAUCACCUGGUAUGGCUGGCAUGGUUCUAGCUACUCCCUCAGGAAGGUAGAGAUGAAGAUCCGCCCUGAAGACUUUGAACCCUAAAAAGGAGCUCACACUCACUACAAGAGGGGUGCAGAAUCUUAUGAGACCAAUAAGGCUGGGGGUGGGCAAUGAGGUAGUGUGGUAGGGGUAGGGAUGGGAAAUCACCUAUAAUCAAGCACCAAUGAAAUCAUUCAUUUCAUCGAGACAAGUACAAACCUUUGUUGGGCUCAACCAAGCACCAGCAUUACAUCAUCAGUUACCAGCAGUAGGGACAGCAAAUAGGGAGAGUCAUUUAAAACUCUUAGGGCAUUCUUCUCAGUGGGUCAGAAUGGGCUUAGCCUGUGGCUUCUGGCACAGUCUUUGCCCACAUGAUUCUCAUUUCAGGAGAAAAUAAUCGGGAGUUUGUGCCUUACACUUUCUCCAAGGCCAGGAUUAAGUGAAGACAGAAAACACAUCUCUUGCUCAAAUGAACUGUAUUAUUUCAAACCAUGGGAGAGAUACCGAAGGUUGGGAAUAGGUGAGGUUGGCAAGGAGUUUCUAUUUCAAAACCCAAUGAAAUUGCUUUUGGUCUCAAAGAUUCUUUAACAGAGUAAUUGCUCUGUUGAAGGUGAGCUAGUCCAUGUCUUAGCUACUCUCAGAGGAAACUCCAGGGAAUUGGGCCUUACAAUCAGAGUCUCAGCAUCUCACCUUCUUGCCCUCAAUCAUAAUACAGUACAAAAGGGAAUGAGGUACACAGAGUGAUUCUAGGUAAAGUCAGAAAAAACGAGGUAUAGGUCACUAUUAGAAGCUCUCACAAGACUAAGUGGGAAGGAGGGAACUGCUAGGUAUAUGGGCUGCUGGCAAGGAAUCUUACCACAGCCCAGUGAAAACCACAGCAAUCUGAGCCCAGAAAAUUAAUAUGGAGAUUCCUCCUUGUUCUUUAGAACUAUGUAGCAAGAAUUAUAGUCAGAGAAUUUUAAAAUUAGGAGACAGAUUUCUUUUAGUAACUUAAUAUCCUACUAGAAGGCGAAACAGUUAAAUGUUCCAUAAUGUUCUAGCUUUUCUAUCCUUAUCAAGACUGUCAUUUAAAAAGUGUCUAGUGCGUGUGCGCGCGCGCGCACACACACACACACACACACACUUGCAGAAACAUAUUGCUUUGAUUUAGGACUUCACAUUGCAGCGGAGCUGAGCAAAAAACAACACUAUCAAAAAUAACCACAUGAGGGGCAGCUAGGUGGCGCAGUGGAUAAAGCACUGGCCCUGGAUUCAGGAGGACCUGAGUUCAAAUCCAGUCUUAACACUUACUAGCUGUGUGACCCUGGACAAGUCACUUAGCCCUCCUUGACCCACAAAACAAAACAAAACAAAAUAACCACAUGGUUACAAGCCAACAAGAAUUAUGGAACCUUGCUAUCAGAGAAAGAAAGCUUAAGUUAAUUCACUGUACUUAAGUCAUUUGUAAAUAACAAGUUUGGUUCUUGGAGGCAGCCUUUGUUUUUAAUUUAAAUGUUACCGGCUUGGAACACCGCUAAGCACUUAACAGGUUGAAAUAGCAAUAUAUUUUAUUAUCUUAGGUAGGUGGAGAUUUGAAGAAUGAACUCGGAUUCCUUCAGAAAAUAGACUCGCUGCCUUAAAAUGUUCAUAGUUAAUAUAUCUAUAUUUGUUCAAGGGAUCACUUGGGGGCCUGACUAUGACAAUAGUAGCUGAAGGAUGGAGAAAGGUGACAGCAAGGCUCAUACUGUACAUAGGCAUCUGACUUGGUAAAAACUUUGUUUUGUGUUUUAAUGUUCCAACACUUUUCUGUCUC